AUGCCUGGCAUGACAUUUGCUAUCAUGGGAUCCCUAACAAACUCGACCCUGACAAUGGAACCGCUGCCAAUUUCCACUAUCCUUCACAACUGCCCACGCGCUCUAGCCUGGCUUUGGGCGGUUUUAAUGGUGUUUGACAUUAACAACCAAAAUUCCCCUGCAUCGAUUGAAGAAGACCAAAUCAACAAACCUUCUCGGCCAAUCGCAUCCGGCCGGAUUCAUCCCACCGAGGCGUCCUGGCUCCUGCAAGGCAUGAUUCUUCUGUCCCUCGUCCUCGGUUACGUAACCGGCGUCAUGCAGGAAACUGUAGCCCUAUUCGCCCUGUAUUGGGCAUACGACAAUCAGAGCGGCAACGAAAACUGGUUCAUGCGCAAUCUCCUUGCUGCUGGUGGUUACAUCUUCUAUGCGCUUGGCAGCCUUGCGAUUGUAUCUAACCACACUGAUACUCGUGAAGCGCGUCUGUGGAUGCUCAUAUUCGGGCUGGUGAUUCUGACCACAAUCCACGCUCAAGAUUUCCGAGACAUGGAAGGCGAUUCGCUCAAGGGUCGCACAACCAUACCUCUACUGAUGGGUUCUAAAUCUGCCCGUUGGACACUUGCCGCCAGCUUGGUGUUUUGGUCCGUGAUUUGUCCAUAUUACUUGGGUUUGUCGAGGUAUGCCUACUUUCUCCCUAUGGCAUUGGGUGGUUUUACUGGCUUGAGUCUCGGAAAAGAUCCAUAUGAUCAUGAGAAGUCCAUGACUGCAGAUAUGCCCCGACAGGCUACAUCACCCAGACAUGUCCUUUUGAAAGCUGUGGAUACAGCAUCUGGCGAAAUUACGGGAUGGGUAUCGUGGGGGUUUCGGGGCUUCACGGAAGCAGAAAUUGCAGAGAUACGUCCUGGUAUAGUGGAAAAAUUAAACAAACCUGCUUCUGAAGACAGAGGGAGUGAAAAGAAAGAUCCCGGGUCAACAAACACAGACACUGUUGAAGACGAUGACCCGAUCAAGCGCUUAGAGUCAAUGACAAGCGCCGAUCUGAAACAUUGGAUGGACAAGCUCAUGCCAGAAGGCACCAAGUGCAUGUUUGUCGUCUCUCUCUGUGUUGCACCCAAAUGGCAAUCUCAAGGGGUGGGCUCGGCACUCCUGCGAUGGGGUACUGAGAGAGCAGAUGCAGCUGGAGUGUUCAUUUGGGUGCAUUCAUCCGCCGAUGCGUGGCCAGCGUAUGCAAAGCAUGGUUUUGAAACGGUCGGAACGCUUGAUGUCGACUUGGACGAGUAUGCACCAGCGCCAGCACCAGAUCAGGAGGGGAAAUGGGGACAUUAUGAGUUUCGAUGCAGCAAAUUCCAGUAUAUUAGAUCGACAGACAACGCAAUGCGACAUGAAAGUCCCCGCAAAUAUCUUCCACUUAUAAAAGCAAUGUUUAGCUUCUUUUAUCGCAUCUAUGCCUUCAUCUCUGGGCCGGAAACCCCCAAGACCGGCGAACCGUUGCGAUUCGGAGUCUUGGGCGCAUCCGCCAUCGCACCCAUGGCAUUUAUCAAUCCCGCAAAAUCGCACCCCGAAGUCGUCGUUGCUUGCGUGGCAGCACGAGAUCGUUCGCGCGCAGAAGCAUAUGCCAAAAAGCACGGCAUCCCUUCCGUCCACGACACUUAUCAAGACAUCCUGAACGACCCCUCGAUCGAUAGCGUAUACAUUGGGCUUCCAAACUCACACCAUUACGAAUGGGCCUUGCGCGCCGUCCAGGCUGGGAAAAACGUCCUUCUCGAAAAACCAGCAACAUCGAAUGCCACAGAAGCUGAAAAACUCUUUAACCAUCCUCGUGUAACUGCAUCGGAUGCGCCUGUUGUGCUAGAGGCCUUUCAUUAUCGAUUCCAUCCUGCAUGGCAAAAGUUUCUCUCGCUCAUUCAUAAGGAUCCGCUAGCAGGGCCAGUCAAAACCGGCUACAGUCAAUCUUUUAUGUUCAAGGGUUAUUUCGAUAGAGGUGACAUUCGGCUAAAUUUUGCACUGUCUGGCGGCUGUCUCAUGGACUUUGCCACUUAUAACAUCUCCAAUGUUCGGCAGAUUCUCAACGACCAGCACCCCCAAGUUCAAACUGUGGACUUUAGAAGAAUAACCGAUCAAGGGACAGGAACCGACGAUCCAAGACGACCCGAGCAAAUUGACGAGGCCGUCAGGGCAACCUACAAAUCUCAUACCGGAGCAGUAGGGCGAAUCAACGCUGACCUGAUAACGACGGGCGGAUGGCCGUUACUCCCAUCCUCCUGGACACGAAAUUGGCCGAGUGUCGGCUGGCCUAAAUGUGUCGCUGAAUUAGAAGAAAAACAGAUUGAUAACCAGAAACUCGGGGAAGGAGAGGCCCAUUUUGUCCAACGGACCGUCACCAUGUAUAAUCAUCUCAUGCCACAUUUAUACCACAGUCUGGUAGUUGAGGAUCGGCAUAGCAUCAAAGAUGGAUCAAAAGUGACCCGGUCAUGGACAGAAAAGAAGAAUAUCAAGGCAUACGAUUGGUCGGACAAAUCGGACGGUCGUCAAGGCGCAUAUUGGUGGCCAACCUAUCGAUACCAGCUUGAGGAGUUUGUGCAUCGCGUCAAAGGCCGUAAAGGAAACGGGAUUUGGGUCGAUGGGCAAGAUAGCAUCAAUCAGAUGAAGGUCAUUGAUGAGACUUAUACCAAGGGAGGCUUGGAGAUCCGGCCGACCAUGGGAAUUGGAGGUGGGAUUCCCGACCUCCGCAACCACCAUGACAUCCGGCUGGGCGACGUUGUGGUAAGCAAACCAACCAUGGCUUUUGGUGGAGUAGUCCAGUUCGAUCGAGGCAAGAUAAAUACCGACAGCGAGUUUGAGAGAACAGGCCACUUGAAUAAGCCUCCAGUCGUGCUAGCAGCAAGUCUCCAAAAACUUAUUGCGCAGCACAAACUGUAUGGGAACAGAAUCAGUGAUCAUUUAGCAGACAUGCUUCGGAAAUUUCCAAGCAUGUCCAAGGAAUAUGCCUACCAAGGGAACGGAAAUGACAUACUCUUCCAUCAUACAUAUCACCACAAGUCUGGCAGCAACUGCAUGGGUUGUAGAAGAGAUAAGAUAAUUGACCGAGCACCUCGACAAUCGAUAUCGCCUAUAAUCCACUAUGGAACGAUAGGUUCUGCGAAUAUAGUAAUCAAGGAUGGGGAGACACGUGAGAGAUUAAAGCGAGACCUCGGGAUAAUGUGUGUAGAAAUGGAGGCGGCCGGGCUCAUGGAUGAAUUCCCAUGUGUUGUUAUCAGAGGUAUCUGUGACUAUGCUGACUCACAUAAGAAUAAGAGGUGGCAGCCGUACGCGGCUGCCACUGCUGCGGCCUUCUCAAAGGAACUACUACUCGGGAUCCUCGAUGAUAGAAUUGAAGUGAUAUUCCCUUUUCUGUUGGCACUUGUCAAAUAUUUAAAGCCUUCAAAAUUUCCUGCAGAAAAAGCGAUUGUCAAACUAUCCUCUUCUAUCAUAUCAACUAUCAACUAUCACGUUCAAGUAACCAAAAUGACGGAGAAACUCAUUGUUGUAUUCGGUGCUACCGGAGGCCAGGGUGGCUCCGUAAUAACAACUUACCUCAGUGAACUUGGUUGGAAAGUGCGUGGUGUUACUCGCAACGCCCGCAGCACUCAAGCCGAGGCCUUGAAAGCACGUGGCGUGGAGGUCGUUCAGGCCGAUCUAGAUGAACCGGUCUCCCUCGCUCAAGCGAUCGAUGGUGCCCAGGCGAUAUUCGGCGUGACUGACUACUGGGGCUUGUUCGGGACUAUAGCGGCACAGCAAGGUGCCACAGCAACUCACUCGAUCGACGAACUUGCCAAAGAAGCCGAAGUUCAGCAACUCAAGAACCUGGUCGAUAUGGCUGCUAAAUCUCCGAUACUAGAACGAUUCAUCAUCUCGUCCCUCCCGAAUAUCACCAGGCUUUCGAAUGAAAAGUAUCCCAAUGUAUACCCUUACAAUGGCAAAGCCGAAGCGGUGGAUUAUCUCGAAGAAAAUUAUCUUGAUCUUUGGUCGAAGACGAGCGUCUAUAGGCCCGGAUAUUUCCUGGUUAAUUUCAUCGACCAUCCUAUGGGUCGGCCUCAGAAGGGCGAAGAUGGAAUUACACGAUUCGUCUCCAACUUCGAUCUUAACCUCAAGAUCCCGCUUAUUGCCCAUAACGAGGAUAGCGGAGCCUUGGUGAGAGCUCUGAUAGACGAUGCCCCUGGGAAAAGCCUCACUGGUUAUAGAGAAUGGGCAUCAAUGAAUGAAGUAGCCCAAGUCUUUGAGAAUGCGACGGGGUAUAAGGCCGAGGCCGUACAGUUGCCAAUCGGAGAGUUUGGAUUCGACUGUCCUCCGGUUAUCCAGAGAGACCUUAUCGAUAAUUUCGCCUUUGCUAAUGAGUUUGGCCUUGAAGGGCGCAAUGACCCUACCCUAGUUCAUCCUAAAGAUGUGAGUUUUACAGCAAUCUUCACGAUGGAUGGUUAUCUGACAGAUUCGUACAGUGUCACCGGCGGUCUUUUAACCCUCAAGUCAUUCAGCUCGGUGUUCCCAUCGAUUACCGGUGCAAACGAUGGAACUCGUCAAGGUAUCACCGUUGCUGCCUACAACUUGGGUUGUUUUGCUGGCUCAAUUCCAACCAUCUGGGUCGGGAACUGGCUGGGCCGUCGAAAAACCAUCUUCAUAGGCUCGUCGAUCAUGAUCGUUGGUGCCAUCCUGCAGUGCACGUCGUACAGUCUUGCUCAGUUGGUUGUAGGGCGAUUGGUUACUGGCUUCGGAAAUGGGAUGAAUACUUCGACGGUACCCACCUGGCAAUCCGAGUGCUGCAAGUCUAACCGCCGUGGCCAGCUUGUCAUGAUCGAAGGUGCCAUGAUCACCCUGGGCAUUACUAUCAGUUACUGGAUUGACUUUGGUCUGCUCUUCGCCGAUCCCAAUCCAGUUGCCUGGCGAUUCCCUCUCGCUUUCCAAAUUUUCUUUGCCUUGAUUAUCGUCUCCUCCGUCAUGUUCCUGCCUGAAUCGCCCCGCUGGCUCAUUCUUAAAGGAAAGGAAGACGAGGCGAGAGAGGCCCUGACGGCUUUGAUGGCUCAACCAGCCGACUCGGAACUGAUUAAAACCGAGUUCACAGAGAUUAAGGCCACCGUGCUCGAGAUGUCCAAGGGUUCUUUCCGCGACUUAUUCACCAUGGGUCCGGAUCGCCAUUUCCACCGUGUAGUGCUGGCCUACGUCAAUCAGAUGUUCCAGCAAAUUUCAGGUAUCAACUUGAUUACGUACUAUAUUCCGGUCAUCUUAGAACAACGACUGGGUAUGGAUCUCGUCACCUCGCGUAUUGUCUCAGCUUGCAAUGGGACCGAAUACUUCCUCGCUUCGUGGGUUGCUGUGUUCACUAUCGAGCAGUUUGGCCGCCGCACCUUGAUGCUCUUCGGCGCUGCUGGCAUGUCGAUCUCCAUGAUUAUCUUAGCUAUAACAUCCAGUCUCCAAACACCAGGGGGAGAUAUCGCUGCAGCCGUUUUCCUUUUCGUAUUUAAUUCUUGCUUUGCAGUCGGAUGGUUAGGCAUGACAUGGCUGUACCCCGCUGAAAUCGUACCGUUGAAGAUUCGCGCUCCGGCCAAUGCGCUUUCCACGUCAGCAAACUGGAUCUUCAACUUUAUGGUGGUCAUGAUCACUCCCGUAGCUUUCCAGAACAUCGGGUACCAGACGUACAUUAUUUUUGCCGUCAUUAACGCGGCUAUCUUCCCCGUCGUUUACUUCUUCUACCCAGAGACUACCCGCCGCUCUCUCGAAGAAAUGGACCGUAUCUUCCACAAGACUACUAAUAUUUUCAACGUAGUGCAGAAGGCCCAUGAUGAACCUCACAUGUACGGCAAGAAGGGCGAGCUGCUGCGUGGUCUUGACGACGUGGAGGACGAAGCCAUCCGUCGCGCCAGCGUUCUGAACCGUGAUAGCGAGACGAACGAGAAAGACAUCACUGGAACUACUGCUGAUGAGAGAGACUGGCAGAAUUUUAUGCCGCUGCAGUUCAUACAAAUUCAGUACCGCAUCUAUCCUAUCAUAUGGACAUUUCUAGGUUGCCUCUAUAAUGGCCAUGGUCCCUUGGCAUCAGAACAUCAGAUCGUCCGGAUUUCAUGCGAUAUUGCCCAAUCCGAUAGCGUCUCCAUUUGGUACAGCAAAAUGGGUACACCUUCAUUUUUGGGCCUCAAGGGUCAGCCCCUUGUCUAUGUAGUCACAUUUUGUUGCUCAAUAGGAUUUCUCCUCUUUGGCUAUGAUCUCGGCUUCAUGGGCGGCCUGACAACGUCUCCCGAGUUUCUCUCGACCUUCGGAAACCCAAAUGCCUCACUUCUUGCUUUUAUGGUGGCAUCGUACGAAGUCGGAGCAAUGUUUGGUGCCCUAUACUGUUUAAUCAGUGGUGACCGCUGGGGUCGCAAGCCCAACAACUUUGCCGGGGCAGUCAUUGUUACCAUUGGCGCCAUCCUGCAGACUACAUCGUUUGGGCUGGCACAAUUUUUGGUGGCAAGGCUAGUUGCCGGUUUUGGACUUGGUAUGAUGACAACAGUCAUUCCAAUCUGGCUUUCAGAAUGUACCACUCCCACGUCUCGGGGGCGUAUGAUGGCAAUGCAGCUAUCAAACUUGAUUAUGGGCUUGAUCAUUGCCAACUGGCUCGACUACGGCAUGUCCUUUCAUCCGGGCUCGGUGCAGUGGCGUGUACCUUGCGCUUUCCAAAUUGCCUUUCCCCUGAUACUUUUUGUUAUGCUUCCCUUUCUACCCGAAUCACCGCGUUGGCUCGCGGCUGCUGGCCAUGUACCACGUGCCAAAUAUGCGCUUGCGGCACUUCGAGGGAAAGAAAUCGACAGUGUCGAUGUUGUUGAAGAAUUGAAACAGAUUGAAUACGCUAUUGCUAUCGAAGCCGAGGAAGUUGGGUCCUGGAGCGACGUGUUUAAAGACGGCGGAAUCAGCGGCUGGACUCGUGUGCUUAUUGGCUUUUCAGCAAACUUUUUCCAGCAACUUUCCGGUGUCAACGUUAUGUCCUCUCUUGGACCGUAUAUUUUUCAAAACUCCAUUGGCAUGAGUCGUUACGAUGCCAUGCUGGUAUCCGGUGGACUCCAAAUCUGGUACUUUCUAAGCAGCUUUGUACCCUGGUACGCGAUCGAUCGAGUUGGGAGACGCAAGUUAUUCAUGAUAGGUAGUGCCGGAAUGGGUACAUGCAUGAUGUUAUCUGCAAUUUUUGUGGGUAUUGGCACCAAGAAGCUCGGCUACGCUGCCGCUGUCGUUCUGUAUCUUUUUCACAGUUUCUUCACGCUGGGCUGGCAAUCCAACAUGUGGAUUUAUCCCAGCGAGUUGCUACCUCUGAAAUUACGUCUUCGUGGUGGAGCUUUUGCGGUGGUAUCACAAUGGCUAUUCACAUUUCUCGUCGUCGAGAUUACGCCACCGAUGAUCACGAAUAUCGGCUACAAAAGCUACAUUGUGUUUGCAGUUAUCAACUUCUUCACUAUUCCGAUUGUAUACUUUUGCUUCCCCGAGACGAGCAAGUUGCCUUUGGAGGCGGUUGAUUUACUGUUUGCUGAUAGGGACGGCAAAAGACCAAGCAUUUUGCGCGUCGUCAAGGACUCAACUAAUAAGGAGUUUAUGAACAAUUUGACGAAAGAGCUUGCUGAAAGGGCGGACCAAAGGGCUGAAAACGAGGGGAUAGUCAAUUCCGCCAAAGGAAAAACCAUCGAACUGGAGAAUGUUGAUUUGGAAGGCAAGGAUUAA